AUGUUUAGUCUACCAAAUGCGAAACGCGUCCGCCGGGACGAGGUUGAAUCCCCGGCCUCCUCUCGUGAACCGUCACCCGUCGAUGAAAGCGACCUCCAAGAUGCCCACGCCCGGUUGGGCAAGCUGCUCGAUCUAGAUGGAUUGAUGGGAUUGUCCGCACCCACUGACGUGAAUAACGAAAAUAACAACCCACCGAUCGACGAGCAAAAUGACGAGGACGAGCAAGAGUUCGAGUUCCGUCUCUUCAGUGCCCCAGCAAGGCCCACCGCAAACACCUCAGCAAGCACACAAGCGACAGGAAAAGCGGGAGAUACGCCAGCAAAGGCGAAUGAUGUUUCUGCGGGCCAACUGGGACAAAUUGCGCCAGUCACGCAAAAGCUACGCAUUCGAUUGCGAUCUCCAUCUCCGUCGGGGAACCCUUCAGAAGGUCGAUUCGUCAAAGCGUCCCGUGGAUGGCAGUAUUACUUCUCCACUCCGGCACUUCUUGGGCAAGAAGAAAGUGAUGAGGUGAAAGAGCAGAUAGCCGCACAAAGACGCCGUUUCGAAGAAAUCGCAGUCACUGGCGAUCUCGUCACAGCAUGGGCGAAGACGCAACCAUGGCCGGGCUGUGAUCUUCCCUGGCGGGUGAUUCACCUUAAGCGUCAUCAGACGAAGAUGCCUCCCACGGCAAAGGAUGUCCCCGUCUACGUGAUCGAAGGUGCUCCGGUCUCGAAGGCCCCCUCAACCAGGAAAAAGCCCGGCAAAAAACGCCGUGUCCAACUUCGUAAGAAAACGGCAGCGGCCGUGGCCGCCAAGGAGCAGGAAGCCGAGAAGAAGACUCGCAAGAACCGGGAGCGCAAGCUCAAGCGUCGACAGAAGGCUCGAGAGCAAAAGGCUGCGGCUGCCUCAUCUAGCGGUGUCGCUGAGAAUGGUGAUGUGACGAUGGGAGAUGUGGAUGGAGAUUCAUCGGGCGGUAAUGAUGAAUGA